ACAAACCAGCCCUAAUCUCUCAAGAGCGGCCUCUCUUCUAGAUCAUUCUUUGAUCUCUCCUUUCUCUCGCUGGCGAUCGGUGAGGCCGGUGGUCAAACUUGAGGCAAAACCUCCAACUACGACACAGUUGUCGUCACUCUUUCACUCUCUUGUACUCGUUCUUUCCUCUCUUCUUCGCCAAUACCUCUGGACUGGUUGCGGAUCCACACCGUUGAGGUCAGUCAAAUCAAAGACUCACCUGUGGAAGAUUCUGAAGCUAAGUACUAGACUCACCUGUUCGGUUCGGUGAGUCUUUUUAUGAUCAUCAUGUAUGUAUCCAUAUAAGUAGAACCCAAAAAGCAACCGAAAAUUCUCUCUCCCCUUUCUUCAAUUGAGAGAAGCUCUGGGAUUGUAUUGGGUUUGUGUCCAUGGACGAUAAUGUGGUGCAGCGGGUAUUCCAAGAAGGGGGUCGAGAUUUUUACCAAUAACCGUCUAGUUCUUCAUCUUCAUCUUCAAUCAUCCAAUCCCUACCUCUUCAUGUGGAACAUGGCAGGUUGGUGGUGUUCUUGCGGUUUCUCAUGCAUUUGGAGAUAAACUACUUAAGCCAUAUGUUGUAGAUGAACCUAAAAUUCAGGUUAUGGGCCAAUUGGGUAUGCUUUAUUUGUAGCAGUGUAUCCUGGCUUAGAAAUCCUUGCAAUACCAGUUAUCCCAUUAACCAUGUCAGCUGGUCUGUUAUUUGGUUCUAUUAUUGGCACUAUCAUUGUCUCUAUUAGUGGAACGGUGGCUGCAAGUGUUGCGUUUCUAAUUGCCAGAUAUUUUGCCCGUGAUCGUAUUCUUAAAUUGGCGGAAGGAAACAAGAAAUUUCUUGCGAUUGACAAGGCAAUUGGAGAAAAUGGUUUUAGAGUUGUUACAUUUCUUCGUUUGAGCCCUUUGCUUCCUUUCUCUCUUGGAAAUUAUUUAUAUGGACUUACAUCAGUGAAGUUUGUUCCGUAUGUGUUGGGAAGGUUUGCUUCUUGUAUAUAUUUAUGGGAAAGAGCAAAAAAAAAUUUGUUCGGAUCAAAUCUUCAAAUUUGUAUGGAGGCAACCACGAUGAUCUCCAAAUUUGUUGAUGUAUUAAAAUUUCUUGAUCAUUUCUUAAUACCUCGAGGAAUAUUUUUGUCCCUGAGUCGUUGGUUUUUGUACUUAUAUGAAGUUUCCUUUGUCAUGCAGACAAGAAAUGCAACAGGGUUAGUUGCUCCAGCUAUUGCCGUGGGUUUAGGUGCUUUAACAUAUACAUUGGGCACCCUCGUCCCUGUGGUAGGAGCAAGUGGAUUUGCUACAGCUGCAAUUGCAACUGUUAUAGGAACUGUUGUUAGUAGUUUUAGAUAAUCUCUUAAUAGUCAUCGAUAUGUUUAGAAAGUUAGAUAUGCAUAGUUUUGGGUGGUUUAAACUUUUUGUACAGUUUAGAACUUAAAGAUAUAGUUUUUGAAUGUUUAGAAUGU